AUGAGACUUCAUAGGCACACAGACUCCGAUAUGGCGGGUGAAACGCUAGGUCCCUUACUUACAAAUAAGCAUGAAAAAUAUUUCAAAUUUUGCUUACAGUCAUUCCCGUCAAAGGUUCAAUCAGAAGAUGCUAAUAAAUUGGCAUUGAUUUAUUUCUGCUUACAUGGUUUGAGUUUAUUGAAUAAGCUCAACUUGUCUAGUAAUGAGCAGAAGGACUACUCUGAAUUUAUAUACAGCCAUAAAAUUGAAGAUCCAAAACACGAAAUUGAGUCUUUCAGAUCAUCGGGUACAUUCAAGUUGCCAUCUGUUACCGGUUCAUACGAUCUUCCUAAUUUAUCAGCCACAUUUUUUGCAUUGCUUAACUUAUUAGCACUUGGUUCAGACUAUUCAAAAACAUUAGAUAGAGAGAAAAUAAUGAAGUUUAUUCUUACUUUACAGGUCAAGAAAGGAGAAGAAAAAGGUGCAUUCAGAGCAGUUUUAGGACCAGAUGGAGAACCGAUUGGCGAAACGGAUGUACGUUUUUGCUACAUGGCUCUUGCAAUUCGGAAAUUGCUCAAGUAUGAUGAAAUUCCUUCAAAUGAACGAAAACAUGAUGUUAACACCAAAAGCUUGCAGGAUUAUAUCUUGGAUAGGUUAAAUUUCGAUGGCGGCUUUUCAUCAAAUCGCUGGACAGAAUCUCAAUCUGGCUUGACGUUUUGUUCACUUGCUUCACUCCGUUUAAUAGAUUACAAUUUUGAGAAUCAAAAAUGGCCCAAUCUUACAAUUGAUUGGCUAGUUCACCGCCAAGUCGAUUAUCCUAAAGAUUUAUAUAAUACAGAGUACGAGUAUUACGACGAUUUUGAUAUUGGAGGAUUUAAUGGUCGACCCAAUAAGUUCUCCGACACUUGUUAUGCAUGGUGGGUUACAGGCAGUUUGAAUAUACUAGACCCUAAGAAGUUGAAUUUAUUGAACUUACCCAAGGCUGGUGCUUACCUUUUAAAUCAUACACAGAAUAAGCUUGUGGGAGGUUUUGGUAAAAACGGAGAGUCAUCGCCUGAUCCUUUUCACACGUUUCUUGCUCUAGCUAGUCUAUCAUUGUGGAAGAAUGUGUUGUCCUUUGAAUUCCCGAAUUCUGAUCAAAUUACUUCCGUAGACGGUGUUUUUGUCAUUACAAAAGAAUCAAAGGUGUUUUGGGAAGAAGUUGUCUGCUUUGCGUAA